AUGGGAUUAAGUUCAUUAUUUUCUAAGGCUGUGUUAUUGGUGUUUAUGGUUGAAUUUAUGAGCCAAGUUUGUAGUCAGAGUAGUGUAUUUGAUGUCAAAGAUUCUGGUGCAGUCGGGGAUGGCAAAACUGACAACACGAAUGCUUUUCUUGAUGCAUGGAAGAAAGCAUGCCAAUCAGGAGGGACAGUGAUGAUAGUGGGCGGAACCUAUCUGCUAAAAACCAUUCAGUUCUCAGGACCGUGCAAUGGUCAAGUUAGUUUUAUGGUAAAUGCAGUUAUUCAGGCUCCCCAGGGCCAAUCUAAUGAGCAUUAUUGGAUAAAUUUCAACAAUAUCAAUGGCUUGACAAUUCAAGGAAAUGGCACAUUUGACGGCCAAGGACCUUCUGCUUGGCCCUUCAACGAUUGCCACAAUGCUGCAUCAUGCUCACCACUUAGUCCUUCACUGGUGCUGACGAAGCUGAACCAGUCAUUAGUCCAAAACGUAAAGUUACUCAACAGCAAAGGCUUCCAAAUGAAAAUUGAAGAAAGUGAGAAGAUAACCGUCAACAACAUUACAAUAACAGCACCUGCUGAUAGCCCAAACACGGAUGGAAUCCACACUGGAAACGUCAACUACAUUAACAUUGUUGAUUCCAACAUUGGCACUGGAGAUGAUUGCAUAUCCAUGGGGGCUGGAACAACAAACAUUAAUAUCACCCGAGUUAAUUGUGGUCCUGGCCACGGCAUCAGCAUUGGGAGCAUUGGCAAGUAUCUGACAGAUCAAAAUGUGGAGGGCGUUAAAGUACAGAACUGCACAAUGAGCUCCACACAGAAUGGUGUCAGAAUCAAAACAUGGAAUUCCACCUUUUCACUCUCUGUUGCUGAUGUUACUUUCCAAGACAUUGUAAUGGAUAAGGCACAAAAUCCGAUUAUUAUUGAUCAACAAUAUUGUGGCGGAAGGCAUGACUGCAUUGGAAGUUCGCACGUUCAAGUGAAGGAUAUCAAGUUCAUAAGAGUUUCAGGAACAUCAGCUUCGGAAAUUGCAGUAAAUUUCAAUUGCAGCAGCAGUAACCCGUGUUAUGAUAUUGAGCUAAAUGACAUCAACUUAAGUUCAGAAAAUGGAGGCAAAGCAACUUCUUGGUGCUCAAAUGCUCGUGUAUCUUAUAUCGGCACACAAAAUCCUGCUUCUUGUCAGCAAGCAUUAGCUCCAGCCAUGAUGCUUGAAUAUAUGUAA